AUGUGGAACCGUGUGACGUCGCCGCUCCUCCGCGCCGCCCAUGCCCGCUCGAUGGCCUCGCAUGGCCAUGGCCACGGCAGCUACCCGCAUGGCAUGCACUUCCACGUCGACCCGGUGCAUAAGGCGCUCGGCACGGCCUUUGGCACGCUCACGUGGCUCUGGAUCUUCUACCGCGCCAAGGAAGACGGCGCCGUCGUCUUGGGCUGGGAGCACCCGUGGGACCAUGGCCAUGGCCACGGCCACCACGACGCCCAUGCCGGCCCCGUCGCGUACGAAAAGGUCGAAAUCGGCGAGCGCCCGCGCCUCGUCGAAGAGUAA